GCGUUUUAACGGCACCAUUCAUGUUCAGACUUGAACACUUUGAAGAGCAGGAGAGGAAGAGGAAGUAAAGAAAAACACAACGUGUGUUCAGCAGGCCACUCCCACUCCCUUUUCCCUCCUUCUUCAUUCGUCUCCUCUCUUUCACCAUCAUGGCUUUUGCGGGGAAGUAUGAGCUGGAGAGUCAAGACAACUACGAAGAGUUUCUGGCAGCAAUCGGGCUCCUCAAUGCCAAGACGGACCACAAAGUGACGACGGAGGUGGUCCAGGACGGGAACGACUUCACAUGGACACAAAGCAUUCCCAACUGGACCUGGUCCAACAGGUUCACCGUCGGUCAGGACUGUGAGCUGAAAACGAUGAAGGGCGUCGAGUUCACGGCUGGGGUCACCAUGGAGGGGGGCAAGAUUUCAAUUCCGUUUCCUCAGUAUCAUUUCACAGCAGAGAUGAUCGAGGAUAAGUUGAUCAUGAUUUGCAUAACUCCAGGAGAGAAGAGUGUGACUUUCAGAAGAACGAGCAGGAGGAUCUAACAUGCUUUAUUGGAAAAGAGCUCUGUACACAAGAGGGGGGAAAAAAGUGCUCCCAUCAACAUCCAAAGCGAGGAGAGUAAAGUAGGCCCAGCUGUUUGGUGCGGAACAAAUAAGUGGAAGCUGAUGUUGAAUGAAUCAUCCACAAGGCAUUUUCUCUCUGUCAAACGAGGAGGGUUUUUCUUUUACAGUCACUCUUUUAGUUUAAGCUGCUACAGUUCCACUGCAGUGAAUAAAAACCAGAGAAAUGAA